AUGUCCAACAAAGAGUUAAGUAAUAAGCCUGUUCCUGACAGAGCAGAAGAGAAUGCAUUCUUCCCAUCGGACUACUCGUUGUCUUUGUAUGUCGCCAAAAAGACGGACUAUGAUGGUACCACAUAUCCAAACCCUUACAAAGGCGACAAGAAGUUUCUUGCUAUUCUUACUGAUGAAAGAUACCUAGAAAUGGCCAAUGGUAAGUAUUUUUCAACUGGAAACCACCCUGCUGAGACUUUGUUGCCAAUGUUCUAUAUUGAUAAUGCAGGAUUCAACAUUGACAUUGCGACUUUGUCGGGCAACCCUGCCAAGCUUGAAUGUUGGGCCAUGCCAACCGAAGAUGAGACUGUUUUGAAGACGCUUGCAAAGUUUAGGGAACAACUCAAACAUCCACUGAACUUGAACGAAAUUGUAGACCAAGUUACAGGUCCAGACUCGCCUUAUGUUGGUGUUUUCAUUCCAGGCGGCCAUGGUGUGAUGGCAAAGAUACCAGAGUCUAAGGCCGUUUCAAAGGUUCUGAACUGGGCCUUGCAAAACGAUAAAUAUAUUGUUUCUCUUUGUCAUGGACCAGCUGCAUUGCUUGCAACUGCAGCUGAGAAGCCAGAAGAUUUUUCCUUCAAGGGCUACAAGGUUUGUGUUUUCCCGGACUCUUUAGACACGGGCGCAAACCAAGAAAUCGGUUACAUGCCAGGACAAUUGAAGUGGUUGGUUGCUGAGAAGUUAAAGAAGCUAGGUGCCGAAAUCGUCAAUGACGACAUGACUGGUAAAGUCAUUAAGGACAGAAAGUUGUACACUGGAGACUCUCCAUUGGCUUCAAACAAUCUCGGUAAAUUGGUUGCAAAGGAUUUGUUGGCUGAUUCUUCUUUAUAG